AUGGCAGCCAGGAUUGAGAUGCAGUUUGAAAAGUUAAUUGAUGAAGCUACAAGAAAAAAAGAUUUCCAAUUAUUAGAACAAUUCCUGGCAACAGAAGACUGUGAAAAUGUCUCUCACAAAUGCAGCAAACAGUUUGUCAACAAAUUAGACAACCUUCUGUGUCGGGAACUUGACAAACAGGAAGUCAAAAGCAUUUCCACUUUGCUAAAUUCUAUCCAGAAAUGUGGGAAAAAAAUCAGCAUAGCAGGAGAAGAUGGGCUCCCAGCAAUGAUAAAAUACGGUCUUAUUGGGAGGAUGGUUAAUUGGUUUGAAAAGGUAAAAGGAAUUUUGAUCCUCAGAGGGAAUGAAAAGAAUGAAAUGCUCACAAGUCUGGCCGAAGAUUUCUUCAGCAUGUUACUGGCUAUAUGUGAUAGCAGACCUGAAGGUAAAAUGCAAAUACUGGAAAACUUUGUUCUGAGAACAUGUACCCUCAUUGCUGAUGUAAGAAUUAGUAUUUUCUACUCUUCUUAGGUCGUAAGAAAACUUAAUUUAAUGCUCGACAAUAUGCCUCGAGAUGCCAGGAAAAAGAUAUUUUCUACAAAGGAAAUGUUGCUUGUCAUGAGUGACAUGGGGAGGAGAAUUUUGGAUGCUGGAGACUAUGACCUGCAAGUAGCCAUUACAGAAGCAUUAUGCAGAAUGAUAUCAGAGAAACAGAGAGGAGAACUGGCAUGCCAGUGGUUUUCCAUGGAGUUUGUGUCCAAUGCAUUUAAAGGAAUUAAAGAUUCUGAGUUUGAAACAGAUUGCAGAAAAUUUCUUAACCAGGUGAAUGGCAUGCUUGGAGACAAAAGAAGGGUUUUUACAUAUCCAUGUUUAUCAGCAGCUCUUGAUAAAUAUGAGCUACAGAUACCAUUGGAUGAAAAUCUUGAAGAAUUUUGGAUUGAUUUCAAUGUUGGUAGCAGAAGCAUAUCUUUCUAUGUGGCAGCAGAUGAUACCGAUCAUCAGUGGGAAACAGUCAUUAUACCAGAAGAAGAGGUAGACCUGUACAGCCUUGAAGAAAAAGAUUCCAAGAAACUAUUAACAAUAGCUCUAAAAAGCCGAAUGAAUGUGGGUAGUCAAGAAGGAGAGAAAUUUUUUUUAUAUUUUGAUUCUAUCUUGGAAAUCAAAGAUGUAACCAGAAAGAUUUAUGGAUUAAGUAAAUGUAAGGUUCUGGUACCAGAAAGUCAGUUGUCACCAUGUUUGGAAGAAAAAUCUGAAGAAGAGGAGAAACUCAGUAAAUACGAAACCCAGCAACUUCCUGGAACUUUGAGGACUCUGAAUAAAAGUAACAGUCAACAGAAAUGCAGAGAUGGUUCCUCCAAGAUAACUACAUCUUGUAAAAGGAAAGUAUCCGAAGCAUCUGUGCUUAUUCCUGGAACGACAAGAGUUUCCACAAGGAGUCCACUGGUAUCUGCUAGCACAUCCACUCCUUGUAAAGGACGAUUUAAAUUACCUUUGGAAAUUAUGAGCUCUGCUGAAAGGUCUAACAAUAAUGCAAUAAACGAGACCAGAACAAGGAAUUUCUAUCAAGAACCUACUGGAAGAGAACAGAGAUGUGCCCUAGACAAUGGAGUUUGUGAAACGGAGCAGAAGAUCAGGAAGUCAAAUAUCAGAAAUGAGGCAAAACUACCAGAAAAGCAAAUGUGUGCUGAAGAAGUUUUAGAAAUGAUACAAGAGGCAGAAAUUGAGGCCACACAAAAGCAAACUUUAGAUGAUGCAUUAGAUAUUGUUCCUGAUUCUCAGCCAGUAGAGAGAAGCAACAAACCUUUGGAAGAAAACUGCAAAAUACUUAAUGGACAGUCAGAUAUUAAUCAUUUGGAACAGAAACUGUUAAGUUCAGAAGGGAAAAAUAUUUAAACUACUACUGAAACAUCAUUUGAAACAUUUCUUUCAGCUAGAGUGUCCAAAACAUCUUUGCGUUCUGAUUCUACAAGAGAGGAACCUGAUAUUCUCUUCAGAAAAGAGACUGUGAAUCCAAAACAAUCAAAGACGAAAACAAAGUCUAAAGAAAUGACAGAUGCAACAAAAUCUCUAAUAAGCAAAAUCAGUGACAGAUAUAACGUAAAGACUGAUGAGAAAAGCAAAGCAAGAGACUCCUUGGGUUUUAACAGGCCAUAUUUAAAUAAAUCCUGUGUCUCUAAGGAAGAAGCUCAGCAUAGAAACCUGAAAACCACUACUUUUCUUAAUAUAACUGCUGGUCAUAUGAUGGAUGACGUCUACAACUUUAACAUCAGUGGAUUUGAUGAGCCCACAAUAAAGCUUGGAACUAGAAACAAUCAAAACAAGAAGCAUCUCUUUAGUGACACAGACACAGAAUACAGAGGUGAUGACAGCAGGACAGACAUUAGUUGGCUACAGGAAUCAAAUAGAAAAUCUAAAGCUCAGUUAAUUGAUUACAGUAGAAAUAAAAACUUACGGAAACCAAUAACCACAGACAAAAAUAAAUUCCCUGAACCUCCUUGCCACAUGGAUAAACCUAAAGGGAAAAAUGCAAAUAAGAAAAAGAGAAAUGAAUGUAAAAAACAGAAUUUGAGAACUGAUGAAACGAUAGAGCAAACCACCAGACAAAAACGACCUCGAAGAGCAACAUUAGCAAAAAAUUACAAAGAGCCUUCCAGUUCAGAGUCAGAGAGUGAAAGUAAGUCUUCAGCGUGCAGCCCUAAGGAGGAGAAAUCAAAAACACAGAAACAUACGAUUGGGGAAAAAAAGGAUGAUAAUCAGCAAAAGGAACUCCAGAAUAUUGUACUUAUGGAGCCAAAAAGAGUAGCUAACUAUAUACAUAAAGCAUUUAUUAAACCAAAUAAUUCUGCAGAAGAAAAGGAAAUUGAAAUGCCUUCACCUGAGAGUCGUGCAUCUCUUGAGACAAUGAGAUGUGCUGAAAGAAUAUCAGAAGGAGAUGCUCCUCAAGAGUUUAUUUGUAGUGAAAUAUCACCUGGUCUUCAGGAGUCAACACCAGAAAAAACAGAAGUAUUAAAAUUUGAGAAAGGGAUCUCUCCCAAUAAUUUCUAUCCACAAAAGAAUAAUAUUCAAAGUAUAUGUCUAAAUCAGUCCCCUGAGGUGACUGUUAAAAAGUUAACAUUUGGAAAUAAAAGUUUCUCACCAGUUUUAACUGAAGCAUCUUUGGUAAGAAUAUUAAACUUAACGACAUAUAAAACUGUCAGUGGAAAACAUGCAAAGGGAUCUGUAUCUGAAACACGCAAUAAUAAUGAAGAUUCAAGUUUCAGACAUUGCUUUUCAGACAUACUUUCUAUUAAAGGAAGACUACAAGAUACCACUAAACCUAUCACCAAAAGUAAAGAAGAGGAUUGUGUACCACCAUCUCCGUUGUCUCUUACCAGUGGAAGUAAAGUACAGUCGUGGAGUGAAGAACCUUGUGGCCCCAUACAUGAAUCAGGACCAACUAUACAGACAUUUUUCAAACGAAGCUACCACAGUGAUACAGAAAGCAAUUCUGAUGAAGUGGAAACAAGCAAAGAGGAGGAAAAGAAAGCAAAGAGAAGAAGAAAGUUACAGCCUAGAAAAUUAUUUAAAACAGAUGAUGCUAUUACUUACAGAGUGUCUGAAAGCAUAUCUACUGUAUCUGUAAAUGAUGUGUCUGUUUUGGAUGGGGAAGUCUGGGAACCUGGCUGUUCAACUAUCGGUAUAUGUCAGAAGCUCCAAAAAGAAUUUACUAAGAAAAUUGAGAGCCGCUCACAGAAAAUGGAUCAUUUUACUAAGCAAUCAUUAAGAGCUGCCCAUGAGCAUUUGACAACAAUGAGUUACCAGCUUCAUGAAUGCAGGAUCAGGCAGCUGGACAAAUUUCAUUUUGCUCUCCUUGAGGAACUUGAGAAUUUUGAAAAAGAUUCUCAGUCCCUGAAAAACAUGGAAAAAGAAUUCUCGACCUUUUGGAAAAAACAUACGCAUACUUUUAGUACAUACAUGAGAAAUGAGCAACAGAGAAUCCAGAUUCUUAAAACUUCAUUUGAAAAGAACAUCUACCAUACCGUUGACUAUGAAGAACAUAUUUUUACUUCAGAGAUGCAUCUGAUGAAAGAAGACAUAAAAGGACUCCAAGAGAAACUUCUUAAAGAAAUGCAAGAAGAGGAACUGUGUAAUGUUCGCAGAGGAUUGCAGGCAUUGUUUCAACUGGAAGAUAAAAUUCUGAAGUAA